CCAGCGCCACCACCCCGCACUCCGCCACGCGCCACCACACUGCCACCACCAUCUCCACCACUACCGCCACCACCAUCACCACCACUACCACAACUACCACCACCACCACCACCACCAUCACAUCACUACUAGUUAUGGCGUGUACUCUGGCUGGUUACCACGAUGAAGGAGAGUGGAAGUUACCAGGACGCUAGUGGAGGAUGGUGCCGGGUGCAGGACGCACACCCGCUCAACUCUUAUGACAGACUCACUUUUGUGUUGCUGCCGCCCUCGCUCUCCCUUUGUUGCCUGCACCUCUCACUGCAGCCUUGCAGGCUACAACCUGAGGCUGCUUGUAACACGUUACCUGCACCUCGCUGCUACCAAGCACUGAGUCUGUCUGAGAGAUUUUAGUUAUCCACCAGGAAUAUAUUGCGUUACUUCGUUGACACUUACAAUGCCGUUAGAAGAGGAUUUAUUGAAUUGUUUAUUGUUAUAAUUAGUGGGUGGCGAGCCUGAUGCCUGGAGCAACAGUGCAGCUGUGUGAUAGUGCCUCUUAACGUCUCUACUUCCCUGUGAAGGCUCAAUACUGUAUCUAGCAGUACACUCUCCUCCUCAACAAAUGUUUGGUGUAUUUUCACUGCGAUAUAUAUCACUACAAGGUCAAGACUGUGUGUUAUGAAGGUGGGAAGCGAGGGAGCAGCGUGUGGCUGGUGAGGGACUUGUUGCUCCACUCUUCCUUGUGGGGGUCCCUAGUCCUUUACGCCGCCCUCCCUAACCUAACUUGGUGUGGUGGCACUGCAACGGAUACUGGUGCCCACCCUGGACCAAUUUACUGUGGUGACACUGCAAGAGGCUCCUGGUGCCCUUCCUGGCUCAGUUUACUGUGGUGGCACUGCAAGAGGCUCCUGGUGCUUGAUUCCUAUACGCUCUGUUCAAGUGACAGUGCCACGCAUUCCGUUUCGUGGCUCUCUCGUCCUCAUUUGUGGCACCCUCUUCUCACUGUUGUAGUGGCUGAGAAAAUUUCACAGCUAUAAAACAGUGCACAAUUCAGAAUUGUAGCUCUGCACUGCUGGAUCACUGCAGUAGUCCCUCACUGCCCUAGAAGUUAACUGGUUUUGUCCAAAGGUAUCUGCGAGCGAUGGGCACCGAAAGCCUUGCGUAAGUCACUACAGGAGGAGUGACGAAGGUGGAGUGGUCGCCGCUACAAUAUCAGCAGCCGUAGUGUGGGAGAAGCUGGUGGUGAGGUGUUGGCGAGUGCUCCCAUGUGACUUACAAUGUUGGGUGGAGUGGUGCUGGCGCAUCACCCUCGCCUUUUGUAAGAUUAUGUGGUAUAGUGAUAUGUGAAGUGAAAAGUGGAAGUGAGAAAAUAGUGAUUUGUGGUAGUGGUGGAGGCUUGGUGUGUGUGCAGGUGGUAAGGUGGUGUUAGUGGGCCUCUGGCAGGCCCCUGGCAACAAGAACAGUGCCUACUACCACACCUCACCCACAAGCCUCAUCUUCGUCAAGUGCUACACGACGGGGUCUUACGUUAAGUGCAGUAAUCAAGUGUUGUGAGUGGCGCCACCACUUAUGUGAAGGACUUGAGAGCAAGUCCUGUACCAGUGCUGCUCUUGUAGUGGUACAGGCACCUGAUCACCAUUGUAGUGCCACAGUGGGUCGGGGGGAUGAAGAAGAGCAAGUUGCUGAGUCGGUUGCUGAGGGGCGGCUCUGGGGGCAGCACCAAGCAGCCAGCUCCCAACGCUCCUGAGCUGGGUGAAGCUGCUGUCGCUCCCAACCCCGUGGUAGCCGCCCGCACCACCAGUGGCCGCCGCAGGGAGACCGUAGCCGUCAGCACACCCUCCACUGGUGGUGCCUCUCCUCGGGAGAUAUUCCACCAACAGCAACAGCAACAACAGUCUGGAGGGGCGCCACAGAAGGCAGGUGUGGAGAGGUCUUCCUCCUGGAAGUACACACAUGACCACACACCAGACUCAUUCAGCAUCAACAGCUCUCCAUCUAUUCUGGAUGGUCGUGGCGGAGCUGGCCUGCAGGGACGGGCAGAAGAGACGCAGACUAUCGAGAAGAGUCAAAGCUGGAGCGGCGAUAGGCUUCUUGACUGUGCCACUGACUCAGGCUCCAGCCGGGGAGGUACCAACAACAGCAGUCGUGCAGGGAGUGGUAGCCGAGCGGGCAGCCGUACAGGCACCAGCAGCCGGUCCUCUCGCGAGCGUGGCCAGGCCAGUGGCCCUGCCAGCCUGCCUGCUAGCAGCCGUGCAGGUAGCCGGGCAGGCAGCCGUGCAGGCAGCGACCGAGGCGACUCUACUCCCAGUAGUGUUUAUGAUCAUCCUGUUGACCACUCACCACGACUCUCCACUCAGACUGACGCCGACGGCUACGAGAACGUUGAGUUGCCAUCACCGCAGCGGGACAGCGGCGACAACAGCAGCAGCGAGCAAGGCAGCUCCAGUCGUCAGCACGGCUCGCGGCUUAGCGUGAAGAGCAGCGGACGAAAGUCGCGGAGACCCAGUCCGCGACGCCAGGGAAUCCUCAGUAAAGCCUCUCAAGAGUCCACUGAAAGUCGUGAGGGUAGUCGCACUGCUCGGGGUAGUGUGCGAGGUACUGUACCCAGCAUCUCUCUCAGUACCUCCAGUCCUGUCCCGCCUCCUAAAGCCUCGGUCAACCGGUCACCUUCGCGAAAAUCCCGUCGUUCUCCAAACAGGUCUCCCAGCCGACCUCCGAGCCGCUCUCCCAGUCGAUCAGAUAGCCGGAGGAGAGACAGCCGGAGGAACAGCCGAUCUCCCAACAGGGGCCCCGAUGGGUCACCGGCUCGGGCACCAAGUAGGUCACCGGUAAGGAUGCCCAGUAGACAGUCUCCCGGUGACCCUUGGACCCGCAUGGUACCUCAAGACCAAACUCAGGCACGUUACAACGGCGAGCCGCAACAGCCUGGUGGACCCAGGAGCAUGUCUUACGAAGAAGGGAGAGUGUCUGGAGCGAGGAGCCCGCAGCCGCCUCUCUGGAAGGCUCGCUCGUGGCAGCAAUACAGUGUUGGCCACAGCACACCACAGAGUGAACGCGCCCGACAGCUGGCCAAGAGUCGCUCGUGGCAACAGCAGCAGUCAACCAUCCUCACCCACUCGGCCGACGCUGGCAUGGGACGCCCACGACAACAUCACAUCACCCGGCAGGAAGCUGUGCAGGCACAUCCAACUGCCCCCAUGGGUAAGAGUCGCUCGUGGCAGCAGAGUCACGAGGCUGACCCUGUGCCUGGUCCCCUCCCACGCACCUACACAGUUUCCGAACGGCGGGGUCGGCGUUCCUCCAUACGUCUGGCACCUCCCUCACCUCCACGCCCCAGCCCGCCUUCCUACUCACAAUCCCCAGCCAGAUCCCCGUUAGCUGCCCUGCCACCCCAGUCUCACCCUUCACCCAACACACACACGCCCAUACACGACACGCAAGGUCACCUCCAACAUCGUCACCAACCACCAAUGCGCACUCAGACCAGUGUGGGAAGUUAUAAUACUCCAGGCACAAUGACGCCUCAUGUAACAGAUUAUGUGGAGUUGCGAAACUACGAGGCCAUGGAGCGCCAGCAGCAGCAGCAGCAGGAGUAUGUGGACCUGCGGCAGUACCGAGCAGACCAGCUUCGCUCAGACCAGCUUCGCUCAGACCAGCUCCGCACCGACCAGCUCCGCUCAGAACAGCUCCGUAACACCCGCGACCCUGUCUGGCGAGAGCGAUAUCAUACUCCCUCAACAUUUUCUCAGCUCAAGCAGCUGCAGCAGCAACAGCUGCAACAACAACAGCUGCAGCAACAGCAGUUACAACAGCAUUUGCAUCAACAACAGUUGCAGCAGCAACAUCUGCAGCAACAUCAGUUGCAGCAACAACAGUUGCAACAACAGCAGUUGCAGCAACACUAUCAGAAACAGCAGUUGCAACAGCAACAGGCUCAGCAGUUCAUGCGGCAGAAGCAACAACAAAGGCCGCUCCAACAUCAAAAGUCAAUAAUGCAACAGACUGGCUACAAUUCUAGUCAGUUUGGGUCUCCUUCGCAAUUGGACGGAGAAUACGCCUCGCUUCAAGAGGUUCGUGAUGCCAUGAUGAGAAACAGUUCCACUCGCGAGGCUAAGAUGAGGGAAGGCUCGGUGCGGGAAGCUUCCAUAAGAGACGGUACUGUACGCUACCGCUUGUCCACGGCGGCGCAAGCUAGCAAACAACAGCCUCAGAACCACAGUUCUCACGCGGGACCUGUAAAGUCCUCCUCGCUCAUGACUUCCCAAGAGUUGCUGAACACGCUCAAGAGGCAACUGGCACUCUCUUCGCCCACCCGCACUACCCGCAGCAAGAGCCUGGAGGCUGGGCGGGCGGCGGCGGCCCUCAGUGCCGAGAGUGGGCGUGAUGCGGUUGGAGGGAGGGAGGUGACUGACGAGGGAAUCGUCGACCGCCUUUCACCUGCCCUCCUGGCCCUGGUGGCGGAAAAACGGGCGCGCCUCAAACGGUCUACAGGCGCCUUCUCAGGUAGCGGCGGGGGACGCGUGGCAGUGUUGCGGCAGGUCACCGCGCCACCAGCGAGAUGUUCGCUGGUUGGCCUGACGAGUGACAGUGAGUGUGAGGACAAAAAGAGCUCAGCGUCGUCGACGGGCGGUGCUGAGGUAGGCCGCCCCUUUCCCUCUGCCUCGCCGCACACGCAAGCCUCCGUGGUCAGCUCUCACGACUACAACAUGGAGCAGAGCAACGUGGCUCUCCUGCGUGCUGAGCUCAAGAUCGUAACCACAGACAGAGAUAUCAUGAAGAAGGAACUGAAGAAAGUAACCCGUGAGCGAGAUGAGGCCCUGGGCAGACUAGUGGGCAGUGUCCACCACCCUGACCAACCUGCCAAUUAUGGAACUUUAACAAAGCAGGGUGGUGGGUCCCUAAGUGAUAAAAGCUUAGGCUCCUCCCGAGAUUAUGAGAGUCUUAAGAUGCAGUGUGAGAAAGCCAUGGCAGAGGUUCAAGGACUCCUCAAGCAAAAUAUGGAGAUUAACAGAAAGUAUGAAAAUACAAUGAAGGAAGUAGAUUACUAUAGAAAACAAGAACGUGCUGCUUAUACAGCUCUGCAGAAGUUAAGAAUGCAGUAUGAGGAGGUUGUUGCAGAAAAGCAGAAAUUGGAGCGUGAAGUUACGUCGUUGCAAACAAUAAUGGAAGACGAUCGUAAAGAGAUAGCUGACCUUCGACGGCAACAGCAGAAGGUUAGAUUCCCGCUCAAAAGACAGGAGGCCAUUACACAGGAAGGCUCGGGAGAGGCCAUCAACCAGCUAUACAUGACCACUAUGCGCAAGUAUGAAGCUAUCAAAGAUGAGUAUGAUUCAAUUAGAAAAAGUUACUCCGAGUUAGUUGCCUCACAUUCCAACAACAUCUCUAAAUUGGAACUUACACAGGAAGAAGUGUCACGUCUGAAGAAACAAUAUGACGAUAUCUUACGAGAAUGUAACGAAGCAGUGCGUGAGAAGAAUUGCUUUAAGCAGCAGUGUACCAAAGCUAUCACAGAGUGGGACUCUGCUCUCAGGGAAAAAAACAAAUUGCAAGAAGAACUGCUCAAGAUUCGUGAGAAGUAUGAUGAGAUGAUGAAAGAGAUGAACACUCACCUCAUUCAAAGACAGCAUCUCAAUAAAGAUUUAAAACGGUUACAGGAAGAGAGGAAUGCAGCCAUGCAAGAAUAUACACUGGUUAUGAGUGAGCGUGACACUGUGCACAAGGAGAUGGACAAGCUUCAGGAGGAACUAUCUCAGGCCAGUAAAAAGAUCAAGACAAUUGAACAGACCACUAAUGAUUCAAGCAAAGAGCGGGAAUCCCUUCUUCUCCAAAUUGAAAUGCUGAAGCGGGAAAUAGCUGCAUCUCUCCACGACCGAGAUAAGGCUAUUAAGGAAUGUAACGACCUGCGGGAACGAUUUGGUGCCAAGGAAGAUACAAACAAGGAAUGGGAACGCUCGUAUAUGGGCUAUGACAACUACAAGCAGGAAAGGUUAUUAUCAAUGUUCUGCCUACUAUACAAAUAUAAAAGUUUUACAAGUUCACCUGGACAGUAUUUGAUGUGUGUAUUGAUACAGGUGAGAACGUUUGGCAGUCGUGACACCUCACUUCCUGGAGCGGUAAAUUAACAUGCAGUUAUUCAGUUAUUUCUGCAGCAUACUCUUAGUCAUGAUGAGUCCAGUAGAUUAUACAAGUACGCAGAUGGAGGAAAUAUCGAAAGUAAGCUUAAUUGCAGUGAUAUUGCAAACAACAAAUUACGAGUUAAUGAGAUACUAUUUAAUACUGAAAGACUGAGUUAGGUAUAUAUGGUAAAUUUAUUGCAGUUAUACAAAUAACUGGCUAGUUUAUUAAAAAAAAAAAAAUUUAAAACAGGAAAAAGGCUAAAAUUCGCAAAAUAUAGAGGAAAUAGCUGGCUAGUCAUUCAAAAUAAGAAGUAAUGAUUGCUUGAAUUUAAAAUCUAUUUUUAAACAGUAAAAUGAUUUGUCAUAUUAGUGAUAUUGUGCAAGAAGUGGAGGCAGGUUAAUGUAGAUAUAUGCUAAACUAUUAACCAGAACAAAAUAAAUUGAAAAUAUGAUACUGCACACUUUUGUUGCCAUGACACUGUCAGUAAAUAAGACGAUUGGCAUAACAAUUCCAAUGUGCCAAGAACAAAAAAAAAAAAAAUGAGAGAAUUUAGUUUUAUUUAUGUUAUAUUGUUUUUACUUAAAAAUUACCAGACAAGUUAACCUUAAUAAUAAGUUGAGUGAUAUAGUACUUUUUAAACAGACUUUGCUAAAAGUCAAGGAGCUGUGUAUACUUUGUUCAGAAAUAAUUUAUUUUGAACUGGAAAAACAAGUUAAUUUUUAUUUUUGAAAUAUGGUUGUAAAGUUUUAAGUUGUUUUUAAUAUAGUUUGGUAUCCAGUUUUUUUCAUAGGUUUUUCUCAUUUUUUUUUAACAUGUCGGUCAUCUCCCACCAAGGCAGAGUGACCCAAAAAGAAAAAAAACCCAAAAAAGAAAGAAAAAACUUUCAUCAUCAUUUAACAGUUUCACCAUCACUCAUACAUAAUCACUGUCUUUGCAGAGGCACCCAGAUAUGACAGCUCAGGUGUUCCUCCAAACUGCCAAUAUCCCAAACCUCUCCUUUAAAGUGCAGGCAUUGUACUUCCCAUUUCCAGGACUUAAGUUCGGCUAACCAGUUUCCAUGAAUCCCUUCACAAAAUAUUACCCUGCUCACACUCAAACAGCUCGUCAGGUCCCAAAAACCAUUCUCUCCAUUCACUUCUGUCUAACAUGCUUACACACACUUGCUGGAGGUCCAAGCCCCUCACCCACAAAAUUUCCUUUACCCCCUCCCUCCAACUUUUUCAGAGCCAACCAUUCUUUGCCUCCAUGGAUAACGUUUUUUUGUCUCCAGAGAUACCUCAACACACCAGUCACCUUUUUUCCUUCAAUUUUAUGGUUAACCUCAUUCUUCAUAAACCCAUCUGCUGACAAGUCAACUCCCAAAUAUCUGAAAACAUUCACUUCUUCCAUACUCCCUCCCUCCAAUUCGAUAUCCAAUUUUUCUUUAUCUAAAUUGUUUGAUAACUCUCAUUACCUUACUCUUACCUAUGUUCACUUUCAACUUUUUACCUUUACAUGCCCUCCCAAACUCAUCCACUAACCUUUGCAACUUUUCUUUAGAAUCCCCCAAAAGCACAGUAUCAUCAGCAAAAUGUAACUGUGUCAACUCCCAUUUUGUAUUUGAUUCCCCAUAUUUAUCCCACCCUUCUCACCAAUACUCUAGCAUUUACUUCUUUUACAACCCCAUCUGUAAAUAUGUUAAACAACCAUGGUGACAUUACACAUCCCUGUCUAAGACCUACUUUUGCUGGGAAGUAAUCUCCUUCUCUCCUUCACACCCUAAUAUGAGCCUCACUAUCCUCAUAAAAACUCUUUACAGUAUUUAGUAACUUACUACCUAUUCCAUACACUUGCAACAUCUACCACAUUGCUCUCCUAUCUAUCGUAUGCCUUUUGUAAAUCCAUAAAUGCAAUGAAAACUUCCUUGCCUUUAUCUAAAUACUGUUAACAUAUGUGCUUCAAUAUAAACUCUUGAUCUACACAUCCCCUACUCAUUCUAAAGCCUCCUGUUGGUGAUGGGCUCUUGAUUUAGGGAACUGGAUCUGUGCUCCAGUUCCCCGAAUUAAGCCUAGAUGCCUUUCACAUCCCUCCCCCCAGGUGCUGUAUAAUCCUACGGGUUUAGCGCUUCCCCUUGAUUAUAAUAAUAAUAAUAUAAAGCCUCCUUGCUCAUGUGGAAUCUUGCUCUCUAUCUUACCUCUAAUUCUUUCAAUAAUAACCCUCCCAUACACUUUACCAGCAUACUCAGUAAAGUUAUUCCCCUAUAAUUUUUACAAUCUCCCUUGUCCCCCUUCCCUUUAUAUAAAGGAACUAGACAUGCUCUCUGCCAAUCCCUAGGUACCUUCCCUGCUUCGUACAUUUAUUAAACAAAAAUACCAACCACUCCAACACUAUAUCUCUCCCUGCUUUUAACACUUCUGUCAUGAUCCCGUCAGUUUCAGCUGCUUUAUCCCCUUUUCAUUUUACGUGAUGCCUCACGCAUCUCCCCCACACUCACAUCUUGCUCUUCACUCCUAAAAGAUGUUAUACCUCCCUGACCAGUGCAUGAAAUUACUGACUCCCUUUCUUCAUCAACAUUUAAAAGUUCCUCAAAAUAUUCCUGCCAUCUACACAAUACCUCUAGCUCCCCAUCUACUAACUCCCCUACUCCAUUUUUAACUGAGAAAUCCAUUUGUUCCUAUGCUUUCUUAACUUGUUUAUCACACUCCACAAAUUUUUUCUAAUUCUCAGCAAAAUUUCUUGACAGUGCCUCUCUCACUCAUUUGCUCUCCUUUUGCACUCUCUCACCACUCUCUUCACCUUUCUUUUACUCUCCAUAUACUCUGCCCUUCUUAUAUCACUUCUGCUUUGUAAAAACCUCUCAUAAGCUACUUUUUUCUCUUGUAUCACACCCUUUACCACAUCAUUCCACCAGUCACACUUAUUUUCUCCUGCACCCACCCUCCUACAUCCACAAACUUCUGCCUCACAUUCUAAUACUGCAUUUUUAAAACUAUGCCAUCCCUCUUCAAACAACCCCCCCCCUCCACCCAUACUUGCACUAGCCCACCUUUCUGCCAAUAUCUCACCCUAACUUCCUCCUCCCUUAGUUUAUAAACUUUCACCUCUUACUUACUGUUGCCAUUUUUCUUUUGUCCAAUCUACCUCUUACUCUAACUGUAGCUACAACUAGAUAAUGAUCCGAUAUAUCCAUUGCCCCUCUAUAAACAUGUGCAUCCUGAACCCUACCCAUCAACCUUUUAUCCACCAAUACAUAAUUCAACGAACUACUUUCAUUACAUGUUGUAUCAUAUCUUAUAUACUUAUUUAUCCUCUUUUUCAUAAAAUAUGUAUUACUUAUUACCAAACCUCUUUUUACACAUAGUUCAAUUAAUGACUCCCCAUUUUCAUUUACCCCUGGCACCCCAAAUUUACCUACUACUCCCUCAACAACAUUUUUACCCACUUGAGCAUUGAGAUCCCCAACCACAAGUACUCUCUCACUUUGUUCAAAACUCCCCAUGCACUCGCUCAACAUUUCCAAAAAUCUCUCUCGUCUCUAUACUUCUUUCUUCUCCAGGUGCAUAAACCCUUACUAUAACUCACUUUUCAAAUCCAACCCUUAUUUUUCUCCAUAUAAUUCUUGAAUUUAUACAUUUAUAUUCCAUCUUUUCCUGCCAUAACUUAUCCAUCAACAUUAUUGUUACUUCUUCCUUUAUUUCUCCCCACUGAAACUCUCUUACCCCCUUCAGCUUUGUUUCACUUAGAGCCAGGACAUCCAACUUCUUUUCAUUCAUAACAUCCACAAUCAUCUCUUUCUUAUCAUUCACACUACAUCCACACACAUUCAAACAUCCCACUUUGACGGUUUUCUUCUUUUUUCUUUUUAGUAAGCUAUAUGGGAGAAGGGGUUACUAGCCCAUUGCUCCCAGCAUUUUAGUUGACUUUCACAACACGCAUAGCUUACAGAGGAAAGAUUUUUUUCCACUUCCCCAUGGAUAUGAAAGGAAAGGCAAUAAGAACAAGAACUAUUCAGAUAAAAUCAGAGAAAACUCAGAUGAGUGUGUAUACAUAAACAUGCAUGUGUAGCAUGACCUAAGUGUAAGUAGAAGUAGCAUGACGUACCUGAAAUUUGCAUGUUUAUGAGACAGAAAAAAGACACCAGCAAUCCUACCAUGUAAUACAUAUACAUACAGGCUUCCAUUUUACACUCACUUGGAAGUAUAGUAGUACCUCCCUGGGCAAUUGCUGUCUAUCAACCUACUACCUAAAUUAUAUUUUUUAAUUAUGCUUGAACAUGAUCAGGUUGUGUUUUUUCAGGUUUAAAUAUAGUUAGGUAAGGUAGGUUUUUAAGUUUUGUUUAAUUAUUGAUAAGAUUUUUUUUUCUGUUUUAUUUAAAUAGUUAAGAGGCUUACAAAAUAGCAUUACCUACACAUCCAUGUACAUCACCAGCUUUACACUUGUAAUCUAUAACUACCUCUUCAAUAACCAAUAUGUAGCCACAGGAGCAGAGUUAUGCUUGUGGUGUCCCAGCCGCAAGUUUUACACCGACUCCAAAUUUAUAUUCGACAAAGUUCACAACACAUACAGUAGUUUGAAGGUGUUAUUUUACCCUUAACAUAUUGCAUUUGCUUUAUAUUGCAGACAGUAAAUACAAUAUAACAAUGUAAAUGGUCUGGUUAGCCAGACUUGAGUCCUGGAAGUGGGAAGUACAGUGCCUGCACUCUGAAAAAAGGGUGGGGAUAUUUUGCAGUUUUUGAACUGUAGGCAUGUCUCUGUCAAGACAGUGAUGGAGUGAAUGAUGGUGAAAGUGUUUCUUCUUUUUAUUAACACAUCGCCCGUUUCCAACCUGCCUCGGUUGGAAACGGCUGAUGUGUUAAUAAAAAAAAAUACUAAAUGGUGAGAAUGAGCUAGCUCUGUUAAGUAGGUUAGAAAUGAAAUGGUUGUCCAUGGAUUUAACUUAAUCAUUGCACAAGGUUAAUGGUUCUAUCCCAAGUUCUCCCAAUACGGUCUAUUACUUUCAUGAUAUAGGAGAUUCUUAUUUUAGUUAUCAGUAUAUUUUCUAUCGUAGUGCUCAUCUUAAUAUGUUUUUCAUUUUUAGAGUAUUUUAAAUAUCCUGAUAAUUAUGGAAGUAUAAAAUGAGAAUUUUUUUCUUUUCAACAUACUUAUCUCCCACUGAGGCAGGGUGACUUAAAAAAGAAGAAACCCUUUUAAAAGUUUUUCUUCUUUUUAUAUUUAGUAAAAAAUGAGAAAUAACGUAACACAUUUUGAUUAUGUAAAACUUCUUAACAAGAAAAAAAAUUUAAUUCAAUAAUAGUUGAUAGUUGAAGGAGGGGUGGAGAUGUGUUGCUGUUUUUAACUGUAGUGUUGGCAUGCCUCUGGCAAGACAGUGAUGGAAUAAGUGAUGAUGAAAGUGUUCUGUUUUGGCUUGCCCUGUCAUGUUGGAAAUGGUUAAUGUGUUAAUAAAAAGAGAUAAUUGCAGUCCUGUUGCAGUAGGGUUCAAACAGUCCCUUGGGCAGUCACGGCUCUAAAUCAUAUUAGCAACAUAAAAUAAUAGAAUAAAAUCACACAGGACUUUAAUCGCAGGGGCAAUUGAGUAGGUAAACUGUUAGUGUCAUUCCAGGCUUCCAGCUCACCUCUCUGGUCAACAGUCUCUCCUGUUGGUCUCUCUCCCUUGUUGGUGUGCCUCCUGUUGUUGUCCCUGUUGGUGUGCCUCCUGUUGUU